AUAAUCUUGUCUUUAAGAAUUUUUAACCUUUUUAGAUUAGUUACGAAAUCAAACAAAUUUGCGUCUUUAUGAAUUCCAAWUAAAUUUAUUUAUUUUAUUAUCUACACUAAUUGGACAUUGAACGUUAAACACUCACUUCGAAAUGUAUACUAAGCGAUGACUGUUUCUAUACAUUUUAUUGUGAAUGCAAAUAUUUUGGAAUGGCAUCAUCGAGUCGAGGAAUUCAAAUUGGUUCUGCGUGGUUUCAACGCAAAAUCAAUCUAAGACCACAACACAGGGGMGUACAUUUAGUAACAGAAGAAAUUCUUAAACAAAUACCAGAAAUWUCUCAAUUCUCAGUUGGUUUAUGUCACAUACAAAUUUUGCAUACAUCAGCUAGCCUUGCCAUUAAUGAAAGUUGGGAUCCAAAUGUUCGAGAUGACAUGGAGAUGAUGUUGAAUAAAAUUGUACCAGAAGGUUUACCUUAUCGACAUUCGUGUGAAGGACCAGAUGACAUGCCAGCCCACGUAAAAGCAUGUUUUCUCGGUUCAUCAAUAACAAUACCCAUUACUGAAGGAAAAUUGAAUCUUGGCACAUGGCAAGGUAUUUGGCUAUGUGAACAUCGAAAUCAAGCUGGUAGUCGAAAGCUAGUAAUUACAUUAAAUGGAUCACCAAAUUCAUCUGCAAGUGAUUGUAAUCGGUCACCAAUGUCUCCGUCCUCGCCUAUGGCUUCAUUAAGCAGUUAGGCACAUCAAAUAUAUUCACAGAAGGAUGUUAUUUAUAGACAUCACAUUAAACAUUAAAUUAGUUACAACUGUUUGCCGCUGCCUCUAGUCAUAUAUAAGCACUUUUAUAACAAACAUUAUUGUAYCCAAUCAUGAUUAGUUUAUUCAAUAUUUCAAUCAAGUGCAUUAUAAAAGUAACAACACAUUCCAGAAAAAAAAAACAUGAAAGUAUAUAAUAUAUAUAUUAUUAUUUAUAAGAUAUUAUACAAUAAAAUUAAAAUAUAGUGAAAAUACAUAAAUGACAUAUUGUUACCUUUUAAAAUAUUUACCAUUUAUUAAAUAAGUCACGCUUACAAUAAUA